AUGAAAAGCGAAAAUAGAAAUGUCGAAAAGCAAGAUGAUACCACGCAACAGUCACGAAAUUCAUCCAGUGAGAAAGCGGAGCAAAAAAAGCGAGCACUAUCUAAUCAAACUGCGUUAAGUGUUCUCUUGAAUGGUAUAGGUAAAUAUCCACUAUAUAUUAUUGAAAAAAAAAACAGUCUACUGAAUGGUGUAAAUUUACUUUUGCAGCUUUGUAAAGGUACUGAGCAGUCGAAAGAUUUGCCUUCUAUCUCAUCAUCAAGAAUUUCCAGCGCACCUGAACAGAGUGAAAUGUCAUGUGAAGUUUCGGAUAAAGAUACUACUGAUGUCAAGGAAAAUCCAUCUUUUGUAGCAUCGGAAAUGAAUCCUUCAACAAUUUCUACAUCCAUGUCAAGAACAACAAAAGUGAAUGAAAUUAAUGAAGCUGUGGAAGAAAUUUGUCCAAGGGUAUAUUAUGGAACACUUACAUACGAACGCUUAAAUAGAAUUAAGAAAUAUUUCACAAAAUCUCAAUUAUUUACACUAUAUGAAUCGGAUGCAUUUGAAUGGAUAAUUAAUAAUACGAAAGCAAUCUACAAAGAUCCGAUAAAUGCAUCGAAGAAACUAUGUAUUGCUUUUGGUAAUCGAACUGUUCCAAUUGAUUUCGCUAUAAAGGCUUUUCAGCCAUUUGUCGAGAAUCAUGCAAUUCGUAUGACAGAUAUGAUAAAAUAUUGCUCAUAUGAGGGGCGUAACGAAAUAACAAUAAAUGAAUUGUCGCAAAUAUUAAAAUGCCUAAUUAAAAUGAAUAUUAAGCAUGCCUUAUAUAAUAAUUCUGAUCAUAUCGCAUUCCUAAAGUGA